CCCAAGUGUUCACCCCCGGAUUCCGCCAGGAUAGAUCGACUUGAUUUGUAUCAACAACACCAGUUGUUUCACGACGCAGCCUUCCAAAAAGAAGAGUGAAGAUUUUACAUCGUAACACAGGGAAAAUGCCGACUCCCAGCCUUGGACCAUUGAACGUGGCCAUUAUUGCCCUCCAUAGAGGUUAUUAUGACCUUCUCUUAGUGUUGAGUGCAGAACACAUACAAAUGAGAACGACUUUACAGGCCCUCCGAGACACUCUUCGUGGCUUGUUAGCUUUGCCAGAUCACUUGCACCCAUCAAAUUGGGUCACUGAGACGGCGCGUAUACUUCAGGAGGCUAUGGAAGUAGAAGAGCGCUUGGAUUUCAUUACCGAGAUGAUGGUAGCGGUUACUCGCCGUAUCGAAUUCCUAGAACAAUUAAGAUAAUACUUCCGACCGCUACUACCUUUUGGAUUGAUCAAGGAAGAUACAUCUACGAAUUGAGUCAUUCCUCAUGUUGGUUUACGGAGCGUGGAGGAAACUGCUCCGUUAGGUGUCAAGGAGCAACAUAGCUGCGAAUUAACUCAAAACCGGAGAGACCAAAGACCUGUCAUGGGAAAAAUUUGAUCAAGUUCGCGGCUGGAAAGAGUACAGUAGUACCCGACAUGAAUAACGGAACACGUCUCCGCGGAUAGCGGCAAGAGGCGCGAGUUCCUUCCACCCACCAAAGAGAUGAUAUUGAUGCAAAUGAUGGCUCCUUCCUUCC